AUGGAAUCAAAGAAAAAGAUCACGCCUGCUGCUGCUGAACUUGCUGCUAAAAAUUUAGCGCAAAUUCAAAAAAUAGAUCCAUGUGCAAGUCAAAUUCUUGACAAAGUCCCACACGCUGCUCUCUACAAGUUCAACAAAGAGAAAAAUGCUUGGGAGAAAACUGAUAUUGACGGAACAAUGUUCGUUUAUCAAAGAGUUGAUCGACCAUUCUUCAGCCUUAUGAUCGCAAAUCGACAAUCGCCUCAAGAUUAUAUAGAACCUAUUACAUCUACUCUCAAAAUUAAUAACGAUGAACAAUAUAUAUUCUUCUGCAAACAAGAUGGAACAAUCAAUGGACUUUGGUGCUAUGAUCCAAGAGACACAAGCAGAAUCUAUAAAUUGGUCGAAAGACUCAUCACCAAAAUCAACAAGGAGACAAAACAAGCAUCAGCUACCAGUUCAUCCGCUUCAGUCCCUGGUCCAACAAGCUCAGCCCCAACAGAUUCACGAAGUGCUCAAUUGCUUGAUUUAAUUCGUGGAGGUAAACAUAAUGACAUCAAACAAACUCCAGAAAAACAUCUCGAUACUCCAACAUCAUCUACUCAAAAAUCGCCAACAAAACCACAAGAAGUAAUGCCAGUUCUUCUACAAAAAUUGAUGAUUCAAGAACAACCGAAAAGUGCGCUAAAAGAACCAGGCACCGCAAUUCCUUCUGACGAAUUGGAAAAAGAUUUGCUGAAAACUGCCAAGCCACGUGGAAAUCUUCUUCAAGAUUUUGUAAGUUCCCCAUCAGCAGUGAGUUUGGCCGCAAUUUCAACAAAAUCAGUUCACGGAUCGGAAGGUGAAGAAGAAGCCGGAGUGAGUUUGAAAAUAAGAGUUCAAUAAAAUAGUUAUGUUUUUUUCAGUCGGAAGCUGAAGUUGUCGAAAGAGAACCUGGAUUUGUAGUUGGAUCAGGAGCUUCAACACCAGUUCUCAAUAAACAACAAGUAAGUUUUUUUUGGUUUUUUACUUUUGAAGUAAUACUUACUUGUAAGUAAAAAGUAAAAAUUUUAAUAUUCUAAUUUUUAGUUCCUAUUGGCUAUCUCUCAUCUUUUCCAAACUGAUGAUCAAUUUGUUGCCCAAGUUCAUCAAGCAUAUAUUGACGCAUUGAAUCGAAGACUUCGUAUUGAUUGA